AUGUCCUGCAAUCAUUGUAAUGAUAAAUUCGGUUUUUUCAACAAAGAAUUGGGUUGCGCAAACUGUGGCCUUUCCCUUUGCGGCAAAUGUUUGCCGCACAAGUGGCAAAGCCUCGGAAAAAUUUGCCGCACUUGUUAUCCAAAACUCCUCCAGAACGACCCUAAAACUGAGCCUACGUUUUCACCUCCAGACAGAUUCCUAAAGAGGCUUGAAAAGCCCUUGAUAACAAUUUACAAGUCCAACUGUUCAAACAUUGAUCUACAAUUGGCCAAAAGGCUUGAGAAACUUAAAGAAACCCCAAAAAUCAGUGACAGCGAAAUCAGACAAAGACUGGCUAAAUUAAAGGAAGGGCGAAGCCUUAACAAUACUGAAUCUGCAACAAAAACCUCAAAAUCAGAGCAAGAACAAGUUGACGCCCUUUUAGAGCAGCUCUCGAGCGAACCCAAAUUGGAAGAGAACCGCUCCGAAUCGCCCGAACUGCCCUGGUGCGUUCUGUGCAACAGCGACGCCGAGUUCCGGUGCCUGGACUGCGGCGGCGACUUGUAUUGCGGUCAGUGCAACGCUGAAGGGCACAAGGAAUGGGGCGAGACCGGUCACAAGGCUGAACCUUACGAACGAACAAAAUAA